UCGGGAGGAGCCGUGAGAACAGAACCUUUCCCCGCGCGGACAGAACCAGCGCCGGGCUCAGACUAAACCCGCCCGGGACCGAGAGUCCGGACCGGGACCGCGCGGACCGGGCCCUAGGACUUUGGACCGGCCUGUGGACUUUUGUGCCCCGGGAUCAGGCGCCUGUUCCCGGCUGCGCGCUCGGGAUGAUCCGCUCCGCCGCUCGGAUCGGGAUUUGAGCCAAAAUGCGGCGGGUUUUGUGGUUUGUUUUUCGGUUCUUGGUUGGGUUCGUGGUGGUUCUGCUCGGGCCGGACUCCGCCGGAGCCUCGGACGUGAUGUUCUCCCGGCAGCCUCAGAACCAGACGGUGACCCAGGGGAACGCGGUGCGGCUCGGUUGUGCGGUUCUGGGUCUGGCAGAACCCGACAUCGUCUGGAGGAAAGACCAGACCCGGAUCUACUCCACGGACCAGAUGUUCCUCAGCCUCGGAGAACUGCACUGGGAAACCUUCUACAGCGUGCGCUCGGUGCAGCAGCAGGACGGGGGCAGGUACUGGUGUGAGGUGGAGUCAGGUGGACAGGUGCACACGUCUGAACCUGCCUGGAUCACAGUGGAAGGUGUCCCUCACUUCACGUCGGAGCCUGUGGACCUGUCGGUGGUGGCAGGUGAACCCUUUAACCUGUCGUGUGCUGCAGUUGGUCCUCCUGACCCGGUGGAGGUGCUGUGGUGGGUCGGAGGGGAGCAGGUGAGAGGGGCGGAGCCAUCGCCCUCGACGCUGCACCUGACAGGAGUGAACAGCAGCGUCAAGUUUUACUGUGAAGCCAAAAACUCUCGAGGGGUUUCUGUGUCCAGGACGGGGACCGUGCACAUCAAAGUUCUUCCGUCGGCUCCGGUGCUUCUGAAGGUGGAGAACCUCGAGGAGAACAACGUCACCGUGUCCUGGACCCCGGGCUUCAGCGGCUACUCCCCCCUGACCUCCUGCUCCAUCCAGGUCUCUGGUCCGGCCUCUGCUCCGGUCUCUGGUCCGGUCCGGGUCCGGGUCCUGGUUCCUCCUCACAGGGUCUCGGUCUCUGGACUCAGGUCUCACUCGGUCUACAGCCUCAGAGUCUCCUGCACCAACCAGCUCGGACCAUCCCCGGACUCGGACUGGAUCAACUUCACCACCCCAGAGUCCGUCCCGAUGGUGGCUCCGAGGAACCUGACCUUUGACCUGUCGGAGAGUCAGCUGACCCUGCGGUGGGCGGGGCUGCAGGAGAACGAGCUGCAGGGGAAACUCCAGGCCUAUAAAGUCCAAUGGAGCCUGGGCUCAGAGACACAGGAGCCGCUCCUGUUCAAAGAGUCGUGGGCUUUUCUCUCUGGACCGAGUCGGUUCCUGAACGCCUCAGUCCAGGUCUCGGCCUGUACCUCUGUGGGCUGUGGACCCUGGACCAGACCCGUCCUGAUCCUGCCUGAACCAGUGUCUCUUCAGGCUCCUCGCUCUCACCUGUGGUCUGGGGUUCUUCUCGGGCUCCUGGGGGCCUCGGUUCUGGGUCUGAUGGUGGCGUUUGGGGCCCACAGACGCAGGAAACACUCGCACUUUGGCUUGGCGUUUAAACCGGUCACUUCGGACAGUUUAGUGUCGUUCAGCAGCGCACGAACCUUCAGCAGGACACAGCACCCCCCACAGGUCAACUUGGACAGUCUGGGGGUGAGUCUGGAGUUGAAGACCAAACUCGAGGACGUGUUGAUCCCAGAGACACGACUCAGUCUGGGCCCCGUCCUCGGCAAAGGAGAGUUCGGGUCGGUGCGAGAGGCGCUGCUCAAAACUGAAGAUGCUGUUCAGAAAGUCGCCGUCAAAGUUUUAAAAAAUGACAUCACGGCGUCAUGUGACAUGGAGCAGUGUCUGAAGGAGGCGGCGAAUAUGAAAGAUUUUAACCACCCCAAUGUGAUCCAGCUCAUCGGGGUGAGUCUGCAGCGUCGGCCCGGGCGGCUGCUCCCGGUGCCGAUGGUGAUUCUGCCGUUUAUGAAACACGGAGACCUGCACACCUUCCUCCUACUGUCCAGACUCGGAGAGAAACCUUAUACUCUGGAGCUUCAGACUCUGGUGGGCUUCAUGUUGGACGUGGCUCGAGGAAUGGAAUAUCUGAGUAACAAGAACAUCAUCCACAGAGACCUGGCCGCCCGGAACUGCAUGUUGGGGGAGGACCUGAGUGUGUGUGUGGCGGACUUCGGUUUGUCCAAGAAGAUCUACAGUGGGGAUUAUUAUCGCCAAGGCUCCGCCUCCAAACUCCCCGUCAAAUGGAUCGCCCUGGAAAGUCUGAGCGACAACGUGUACACAACCCAGAGCGACGUGUGGGCGUUUGGCGUGACCAUGUGGGAGGUGAUGACUCGAGGUCAGACUCCGUAUCCCGGCGUCGAAAACUCUGAGAUCUACGAAUAUUUAAUCAAAGGAGAAAGACUCAAGAAACCGACAGAGUGUAGAGCCGACCUGUACGAGGUGAUGCACAGCUGCUGGAGUCCGGUUCCUCGGUGCAGACCCAGUUUCUCGGCGUUGGUCUCUCAGCUCCAGACUCUGCUCCUGAGCCUGGACUCGAACCCUCAACCCGUCCCUGCUCCUCUGCUCUACGUGAACCUGCAGGGCCAGGGGGCGGGGCUACCGGGCCAGGGGGCGGAGUCACGGCACACCUGGACUCAGAGCCACGACUGGAUCUCAGAGGGAUCAGGAGCUGCACUGGCCAUCGGAGGAGACUACAGGUUCAUCAUGAGCUCUUGUGGUGAGGAGGAGGAGGAGGAGCGGGAUGAAGAGGAGGACACGGUCAUUAAUGUCUGACCUCUCACCUGUCAGUCACCUGUCCCUCACCUGUCAGUCACCUGUCCCUCACCUGUCAGUCACCUGUCCCUCACCUGUCAGUCACCUGUCCCUCACCUGUCAGUCACCUGUCAGUUUUACCUGGAUUAAAAACUGAGGAGCACAAAACCAGGUGGAGAAAUAAACUCUGUGGAACUGGGACCAAGUGAAGCUACUGCAGAGACUAACCACUCUGCCACUGACCUCUGACCCACUGACCCUCUGACCUCUGACCCACUGACCCACUGACCUCUGACCCACUGACCCACUGACCCUCUCACAGUUUUAAACUAACCAUUUUAUUGAGAUUUUAUUGAAAAGUGCAAUUUACUAAAACGGUUCACCUGCCUGGUUUAGUCCUGAUUUAGUCCUGGUUUAGUCCUGGUUUAGACCUGGUUUAGUCUUGGUCUAGUCCUGGUUUAGCCCUGGUCUAGUCCUGGUUUAGUCCUGGUUUAGACCUGGUUUAGUUCUGGUUUAGUUCUGGUUUAGUCCUGGUUUAGUCCUGGUCUAGUCCUGGUUUAGUCCUGGUUUAGUUCUGGUUUAGUUCUGGUUUAGUCCUGGUUUAGUCCUGGUCUAGU